CGUUAGCUUACAAUAGCAAAGGAGGGAAGCAAGAACAGAAACAGUGAAGAGGAAUACAUCAAUGGCCUCAAUUGCCAUAUCUGUCUCCUUGCCAGAAGUUUGGAAUUCUCAUCAUAUCAUCAAGAAACAAGUGUUUCAAAUGAGGCCUAGAUGCUCUUUUGGAGUUAAGCAGUCAGCCCAUGUGGUCAACAAGGAUGUUGAAUUGAAGCGAGAGGUUGAGAAUACAGAACCUGGAAAAGCUAUCGUUGGAGACAAUGGUCUGAAAGGUGGCCAGAGUGAAUCUGUACAUGGGAUGGAUGCAGUCUUCUGACCCACAAUUUUAUGAUGAAAGAUGGAAAAUGGAACUUGGGAUCUGAAUAUGUUUGUGAAGGAUGGGAGGAUGGACUGGGACAGUGUAAUUACAGCAGAAGCAAGGAGGAGAAAGUUCCUUGAACUGUACCCAGAAGCAGCAACAACCCAAGCUCCAGUGCUCUUCAGGAGCUCCCUCAUUCCUUGGUGGGCAUGGCUCAAGAGAUCCCAUCAUCCGGAGGCUGAGCUGCUUAAUGGCAGAGCAGCAAUGGCAGGAUUCUUCAUGGCAUAUUUGGUAGAUGGUUUAACUGGGCUAGAUGUGGUAGGCCAGACAGGCAAUUUCAUCUGCAAGGCAGGCCUCUUCAUCAGAGUCAUUGGAAUAAUCCUUUUCAGGCAAACUCGAGAUUUUGGCAACUUGCAAAAGCUAGUUGAUGAGGCUACUUUCUAUGAUAAGCAAUGGCAAGCCACAUGGCAGGAUAAAAAAACCCAGCAACAGCAGUUCAGACCAAGAUCAAAAAACCACUUAGAGUCAAUCUUCGAGAUAAGAAAUGACCCAGAAAAGGAGGGAUCCCUCCAGCUUCAGUUUCAAAAUCUGUGACAGUGGGCAAUUGGUAGUCAUAUAUGGUACUGGUUUACAUGAUGAGCUUGACUCUCUCUCUCUGCACCAACCGUACAAACACAAAACAGUGAGUGGCCUGAGAACAGAAAGGAAGAGAUGAACCAAUCGUUAGAUCUGCUGUUGGAUUGAUUUCAUAAUAACAGCUGAUAUUUAGAAUGUAAUCUCCUCAACAUGCAAACCUAAUGAGAUUUAAUAUCAUGUAUUUUUUUGUUCUGAGACAGUUUUCUGUCUAGGAGCGGCCCUGCACCAGACACGGGGCACAAAAUGACCGCCACGCCUCUCCCAGUACACACUUCUGUGUCUAAGCUCAGGGGCCACUCCAGGACAGAAAAUACUACUU